AUGGUAGGACACUCAGCUCAGCACAGAUCAAAAAGCAGCUUAGUGUCUCACCUACUAAUACUACUUAUCUUUAUAACGAUUAUUAUUGAAAUGUGUUUAUAUAAUAAAAUUUUUAAGAACCAAAGGUCGGAUGAUAUUAGAGACAACUUUAACAAUGGCGGACAUCGAGUUCCCAGUAAUGUCCAAAAUCAUGGAACCCAUAUAAGAGACGAAGCCUUUAUAUCAGGGGUCUAUUAUUCCAAUUGGUCCCCAUACAAACCGAGGUUUCAUUUCCCUCACGACAUAAACUUGAAGCAAGUGUCUCACAUUUACUAUGCAUUUUUCAAAAUAAACUCUAGAACUGGUGGUAUAGAAAACACGGAUAGUUGGUCUGAUCUAGAAAUGAAUUUGUAUAAAUCGCUGGCAAUUAAAAAUUCAGAACUAAUUAAAGAAAGCUCGAACAAUAGUGUCCAAAACAUCCUACCCUUAGGUUGCAUUGGUGAACUAUUUUAUUUGAAGAAUACCUGUUCUGAUAAGAAAUUUAAAGUUAUCAUGUCAAUUGGGGGCUGGUCUGAUAGUGAAAAUUUCAAAAUCAUAAUUAAAGAUGAUAAACUCUUACAAAAUUUUGUUGAUUCGUCGGUGGAAACAAUGUUCAGAUUAGGAUUUGAUGGCAUUGAUCUAGACUGGGAGUUCCCUGGUAACAAUGAAUCAGAACCUCGCGGAUAUCUGAAACUGGUCAGAAUGCUGCGAUUAAAACUAAACAGCCUCGAAUCCCAAAUAUUUGGGAAACGUACUGAAGAUCAUUUUCAAUUAUCUAUUGCGGCACCUGCAUUCAAGGAUAAAUUAUUUUACUUGCCAAUCACAGAAAUUGAUCAAUAUGUUGACUACUGGAAUAUGAUGACGUACGAUUAUUAUGGCUCGUGGUCAGAAACAACAGGAUAUCACAGCAAUCUAUUCAGUGAGACGGAAUUGAAUGGAAACUUUGCCAUGCAUUAUAUGAUCGAUAGAUUUGGCGUCAAUUCUAGAAAAUUAGUACUGGGAAUGGCCGCCUACGGAAGAAGUUUCCAUAUCAAAGAUAACAAAUUCGAACCAUUCAAUCAAAAUACUGUAUUAAUUAACAAAAUUUUCAAAGGAGUGGGCAAGCCCACUAAAGAAAUAGAUAAAGCUGAUGGCAAGGAGGGCAUCUGGCCUUACAAAAAUUUACCAAAGAUUGGUACAAUAGAACAAUACGAUCCAAAAUAUGUUUCAGCAUAUUGCUUUGAUGAAAAAAAUUCAAUAUUUAUCAGUUAUGAUAACACUAAAUCAGUCAAAACUAAGGCUGAAUAUGUGACACAUAACAAUUUAGGCGGAGGCUUUUGGUGGGAGUCAUGUGGUGAAGCUUAUGCAAAUGAGUCAAGGUCGUUGAUAAACGCAUUUAAUGAAGGCUUGCACUUUAAUGUGUCAUCAAAACCAUCAAUAUUUCAAGAUGUGAGAGUUAAAAAAUAUUACUUGAAUAAAUAUGGCGAUGGCGGAUUUUUAUCUCCAUAUUUAAAGCAUUUGGAUUCAAGAAAGCAAUGA